UUUUAUACUAAUCAACAUUUGUAAGCUAUAUGCCAAAAACAACUAAUUACGGGGAAAAGCGAAUUUGUCAGCAGCUAGCCUCCGUCCGAAGUUUCAGAUAUAAAAGCAAGCCUUGUCCAAGCCUCUUAUUUUCCACCACACUUAAUUUAUAUCCAUCUCGCCGGAAAAAUGCCCGCCGGUGACAAUUCCGAUGAUUCAAAAGCCCCACUUCUCCCCAUCAACGAAUCGGUGGAGUCGUCAUCGAGUUCACCCUUUUCUCUGAAAUCCUUGAUCUCACUUAAAAGUUUCUAUGUGGUGUUAGGACCCAUAUUGUGUGCCAUCGUGUGUGUUUUUGUGAAGUUCGAUGGCCCAGUGACUAGCCGGAACAUGUUAGCUGUUCUAGCCUGGGUCUUCUCUUGGUGGCUCACUGAGGCCGUGCCGAUGCCAAUCACCUCCAUGGCACCUCUCUUUCUGUUUCCCCUCUUUGGAAUUUCUUCUGCAGAUAGUGUUGCCCACUCGUAUAUGGAUGAUGUGAUUACCCUGGUUCUGGGUAGUUUUAUACUUGUUCUUGCUGUUGAGCGCUACAACAUUCAUAGAAGAUUGGCCUUAAAUAUCACUUCGCGCUUCUGCGGGGAGCCAGUGAACCCACCUCUCCUCUUACUCGGCAUAUGCGGGACCACUUUCUUCCUCAGCAUGUGGAUGCACAACGUGGCCUGCGCCGUCAUGAUGAUGCCCGUUGCCACCGGGAUCCUACAGCGCCUCCCGACGGGCCCCACCCAAUCCACCCACAUCCGCGACUUCUGUCGGGCUGUCAUCCUCGGCGUCACUUUCGCCACCCCCAUCGGUGGGAUGAGCACCCUCACCGGAACCGGUGUCAACUUGAUAUUGGUAGCCAUGUAUAAAGGCUCAUAUCCAGAUGCUGAACCCAUCGGCUAUAACACAUGGUUCUUCUUCGGUUUCCCCUUGGCUCUCUUGAUUUUCUUCGCGUUUUGGGCGAUACUCUGUCUGCUCUACUUAUCCAAAGGCUCUAGCCAAGCCCUCUCUGCCUACUUGGAUAAAACCCACCUCAAGAGGGAACUCAACUUGCUAGGUCCAAUGGCUUUUGCAGAGAAGAUGGUUUUAGCUGUGUUCGGGGUGCUGGUAGCUUUAUGGAUGACCAGAAGCAUAACUGAAGACAUUCCGGGAUGGGGAACUCUCUUCAAUGGCCGUGCAGGCGAUGGAACCGUCAGUGUUCUUGUGGCAACUUUUUUGUUCAUAAUUCCUAACAAGAAGCGAAAGGGAGAGAAAUUGAUGGACUGGAACGAAUGCAAGAAGCUGCCAUGGAACAUCAUUUUGUUACUAGGGGCUGGUUUUGCCAUAGCCGACGGUGUCCAGUCAAGCGGACUCGCUGAUCGAUUAUCCAAAACUCUAGAUUUUCUCGAAGAGGCUCCGUAUUUAGCUAUUGCCCCCGCGGUGUGUUUAAUCUGUGCCAUAAUUACCGAGUUUAUAACAUCAAAUGAUGCUACUGCUACCCUUGUACUUCCACUUUUGAUUCAAAUGGCCAAAACCAUGCAUGUUCACCCAUUACUCCUUAUGGUCCCUGGAGCAGUGGGAUCACAAUUUGCUUUUAUUCUUGCGACGGCAACACCUUCGAAUAUCAUUGGAUUCGCGACGGGGCAUAUAAAUAUUCCAGAUAUGGUGAAGACGGGGAUACCGCUUAAGAUUGCUGGCAUUGUGAUUUUAUCCUUGUUAAUGCCUACGCUUGGUGUUUAUGUUUUUGGACUAAACGGAGGAGUUCAAUAGCUGAAAGGGGAAGUAUGAUAUAUAUACAUGUACGUAUAUAGUGUCGUUUGAUAGCAAAAAAAUGGUAAAAUUUAUUGAGACAAGAUGUACAGCCAUACAGGUCUAUCGCAAGUUGUGCCAAAGUAUGAGAAGAAUGAAGCUUCAUUUAUUGGUUGCAACAAAGUGAUGAGCGAUCAGAAGAGUUGUGGGGAGAAUUCUUGAAUCUACUUUUAUCAUUUUGUAGAAUAUGUAUUUCAUUUGUUUUUCAAUUUUUAUAGAAAAUGUUUGUGCAUUCAUAGUGAUGAAUUUAUUACCCUGAA